UGCUGAAAGUUGUUUAGAUUCAUUUGAGCUUCAAAGAAGAUGGACCGUUUUUGGUUGCUGCUCUGUCUGCUAAGCGUUCUUUACUUUGCCCAAGCAGAAGAGCAAACCAGCCUUUUCAGCAAGUUUGUGAAGUUCGUGCUCCCGGAUAAGUGCGAUCUGCCUCGUUCGGCAAACGUGAUUGCACUUUCCAAUGGGAAAAAGUACUUUUUCUCCAAACCAAGCAACAAAAACUGGAGCUUGGCUGAGGAGAGUUGCACAAAGAUGGGCCUGCAUUUGGCCACUUUGAACAGCCAAGAAGAUUUAGACGUUGUGCACGAAAAAGCGCAGACAAUCGAAUUCCAUGCAAGUUGGUGGUUGUCUGCGAAAAACCGCGCGAGUGGCCGUCAGUUGGACUACCGUUGGAAGGACGGGGCCAAUUUGACGCUGAACAGCUACUUGUGGGCUCACAAUGCCGGAAAGUCCGAGGACUGCAUUCAAAUUCGAACCGACGAGGCCGCAAACUUGUACGACCAGAAUUGUUCUUACGACAGAUACUUCAUCUGCGAGUUUCCUACAGAAUGCUAUUGAUCAGAUUAUCAAUAAAUUCUUCGUACUUGGAUAAAAAAAGAAUAUUAAUAAAAGAAAUCAAAUAAACUUGCAA